UGUUUCUAGUCAUCCUUUGGUCGUUGAUUGGCUAGUUCGGAUUAUGGAACUCAGCCCACGAUACCAUUCGUUAACCUCAGCUAGAAAAGGAGGAAAGAAGGCUGCAGCUAGAGAUGAUAAAACGACGUUGGAGUCCAGUAUGUCUUAAGUUGGUGAAUCUUAAACUCAUCGACGCACAAUACCUCGACCUGCCAUCCAACGUAUUCUCCCUCCAACCCACCCACACCAGCAAUGACAAUGGCGAUGCCAACUCCAACACCGACGUCUGAGACCUUAAUCAAUUAUUUUCAUGGGGUGGUCAGACAAGCGACGGCAGUGGUGACGAACACCCCAACGGCUACUGGCGUAGAUUUCAUGACGACUCAGCAUAUCACCAUCGAAGGAUUCACUAACGGCCAUGCCACAAUACCUGCCAAGACGAUUGACAUCGUUCUACCAACAUGUAUCCAGAACAUAGAGCCGGAUGCCAAUGGUCAUCUGCCUCCAGGGACAUGCCAUGCCCUUUGGAACUACUAUCCAAGCUUCUCCGCCGCAUUAGCAUUUACUGUUAUUUUCGGGAUACUGACACUGGCUCACUUAUACCAAGCCAUAGCCUAUCGAAAGAAAUUCUGUUGGGUCAUCGUCAUGGCGAGUUUUUGGGAAACGUUGGCGUAUUUAUUCCGAUCCGUCAGCACCCGCUACCAACAGAAUACCGGCGUAUACUUGAUUUUUCAGAUCUUCGUCCUGCUGUCACCCCUGUGGGUAAACGCCUUCGAUUACAUGGUUCUGGGGCGGAUGAUCUACUUCUUCGCCCCCUCGCACAAAGUGUUCAACAUAGCAGCACCAAUUUUGGCAGCGGCUUUUGUCGCCUUUGACUUCGUCGCAUUCAUAAUACAACUCGUCGGCGGCUCGAUGGCAGGCCCGACAGCGCCAGCAGAGGAACAGUUGAAGGCCAUCCACAUUUACAUGGGCGGUAUGGGCCUACAACAGUUUUUCAUCGUUGUAUUUGUGGCAUUUGCCGUCAAAUUCCAGCUGGAUAUGCGGAAGGUGAAAACUACUCGAGAGACAAGUAGCGAUUGGCGAUCUGACUGGCAUCCCUUGCUAUUUACGCUAUAUGCAUCAUUGACAUGCAUCACAAUUCGGAUCAUAUUCAGACUGGUCGAAUUUUCGUCUGGAUCAACUGGCGUAUCAAACCCCUUACUGACCAACGAAGCGUAUUUCUACGGACUCGAGGCCACGCCCAUGUUGUUAGCCAUUGCUGCCUUCAACAUCAUCCAUCCAGGCUUGAUACUGGUGGGCGCGGAAUCCGAGAUGCCUGGAUUCUUUGCCAUCUGUAAGGGCCUCUUCCGGAAGCGAAAGGAGAGCGGAAAGCUUGACGAAUCUGAUCAGGAGGAGGUGGAAUUCAUGCGGGCGUAGUGUUAAGGUACAUGUAGGUAUGUGUGGACUAAUAUUGGUCUCUUAAUGACUCCCUUGAUGUGGAGGGCGUAUCGUUGGGGGCGUUUUAUAGGAUCUUGGCUUUUAACUAUGCGACAAAUUUUACUUGGACUUGUUGCUGCUAGUUGAUCAUAUCCUUCUUGGACCACUCAGAAGAGAUGGGGUUCUGAUAUUUAUAAUGCAACAACAACUAUCUUUCCCUCUAUCGUAGCCGUAUAAGGAAGGACUCACAUAGUUAACCCGGAUGGCGUCCUGCGGUGCGUUGUUACGGUUCUUGUGCCGGAAUCCCCCAACCACUCACCCGUGGAUAAGACAAGUCCUUUCCUUGCAGCAACCCCUCAUUACCAGCACUGCCAGCACCUAGUCCCGACCUACAUAUGUACCUAAAGUCGUGAUACCCACCUAGCCCUUCCUAAAUAUC